AUGGGUUUCGGUCUCAAAUGGAGAUGGUGGAUCGCUGAGUGCAUUGGUUCGGCUCAUUUUUCUGUUAUCCUCAACGGCUCUCGCUUAGGAUUUUUCAAAAGUUCGAGGGGUCUACGGCAAGGAGAUCCUCUUUCCCCCUAUCUUUUCCUGAUCGUGGCAGAGGCGUUAUCCCAAAUGCUGAAGAAAGGGCAAGAACAAGGUAUUCUUCGAGGUAUAUCAGUGCCAGGUUUGGCAGCACCUCUCACUCAUAUCCAAUUCGCUGAUGAUACUCUCAUUUUCUCAGAGGCCACGGAAGAAAAAAUUGAACAUCUUCUCAUUGCUAUCCGCUGUUUUGAAGUAGUUUCGGGUCUUAGGAUCAACUUCAGCAAAUCCAAACUGCUAGGAGUUAACGUCCCUUAG